UGCCUUUCAAUUCCGUAGACUCUCCUCACCACACUUCUACUUCUACCACCACCACCACCACCACCACCGCCGCCGCCAUCGAUCACCACCAGAGGUCUAUCACCUUGCUCAUCCUUCAACCACCCCUCGCUGGUGUACUCAACUCUACCCACAAUGGCACUUCUUACCAACUACGACGGCAGCCUCCUCGAAUCCGGGUGGCCCAGUAACGUCAUGACGGCCACAGGAACCAACUCAAAGCUGGCACCCUUCGCCGACGAUUUCUCCUUCGAGUCCGUCGCGCACGUCUCCGAUGCGUCCGGUCAGGGCUACUAUUCCAACUACAUGGAUUCGCCCACCCUGCCCCCCGCCCAAGUCUUUGACACUGGCCUCCCCACUCACAGCCACCACUCGAGCGGUGCGGGAGUCACUGUGGCGCCAAUGCCCGUGCCGCCUGCGCCCAUCAAUGGCAACACACUUUCGGCCAACCUCCAGCGCGUGGUCGAUGCCAACGCCAACGCCAACGCCGGCGCCAACGCUCUGCAGCUCGACACGGCGACCCUCACCCCCUCGGGCUCGCCGCGUACCAACGGCUACCCGAGCCCGUCGUUCGAGUUCUCGCCUACUCCAGGCCUCACCCACCAGACUGUGCGGACCCCUGGUCCGCGCAGCCACUCGCGCUGCUCCUCGCGCUCCUCCGACGGCCUCGCGAGCGGCCUCACCUCGGUCGUCGUGACUCCUGGCGGCGGCUCUCCCAUCCUCCCCAUCCGCACGGCGCUCGGCGGCGGCGGACGCAAGAACUCGGCCGUCGCCAACGGCACAUUCAUCCCCAAGAAGACGCACAUGUGCCCGUACGAGGCCUGCGAGCGCCACACGCGCACGUUCCGCUCGAACGCGGAUCUGCAGCGCCACAUCCGCUCGCACAAAGGCGAAAAGCCCCACAAGUGUCCCUCCCACGACUGCCAGAAAGCCUACGGCCAGCAGAACAAGAUGGUCAAGCACGUCGAGAGCCAGCACCCGCACCUGCUCCCCAUGGUCGAGCUGGGCCGCACACGCACGCGCCGCACCGCCCUGCCGCGCACCGUCAACGUGCGCCACGUCGGCGUCGCUUCGCCGUUCGCCAAGCCCUCGGCACUCGCCUACUCGUACCCCAGCACGCCGGUGCAGUCGCCGCCCCUCACCACGGCCCCGCCCUCCGCCGGCUCGCUGUACAACAGCCCCCUCAACUUUGCGCACUCGCGCGCGGCGCCCUACCCGCCCCGCUCCGGCCACCAGCUGCACCAGAUGGCGCGCACCCACAGCACAGGCAGCACGGGGUCGGCCAGCGGCCUCGGCGCCGGCUUCCAGCUCCCGCCCUCGUUCGGGUCGCAGUACUGCGCGUCUGGCUCCAUGACGUGGUGGAACCCCACGUCAUGAGCUGCAAGUCAAGCUCCGCCUGAUCAGAGCAAAGCUCCCACACCCUGUACCAUCCCACUCCGACACCAUGCUAGCGAACCCCCUCCCACCGCCCA